AUGAGGUCCGGGGUGGAUACUCUCGCCAUCGUGAUCCCUCUCAUGCCAGCUGGCAUCGCGGGUGGCCUCAUGGUCGCCAUCACCGGCCGGUACAAGCUAACUAUCAUUCUCGGCUACAGUCUGAUUGCCGUCGGGGUUGGUCUCCUGACCCUCCUGACUGAUAAGUCGAGUACAGCGAAAUGGGUCAUCUUCCAAAUCAUGACCGGAAUCGGCGGCGGGCUGUCGCUCACCGCCACGCUGCCUGCUGUACAGGCUCCGCUGCCAGAGAAGGACGUCGCCAUCGCUACCGCCAGCUGGGCAUUCGUGCGAAGUUCUGGGGCCAUCUGGCGCGCCGCUAUCCCCGCCGCCGUGCUCAACUCCAAGUUCGACAGCCAGCUGUCUCACAUCAGCGACCAGGCCACCCGCGCACUCCUGGCUCGUGGUGGGGCGUAUGAACAUGUCACCAAGAUCUUCAUUGAGACCUUUGACAACAAUCCCACCCUGCAGCGUGAAAUCCUGGAUGUCUAUCUGUCAUGCUUGAAGCUCGUUUGGCAGGUCUUGCUGGCGUUGCCCUCGCCGCGUUUCCCCUCGCCGCGUGCAUUCCACAAGUGGAGUUGCGGAAGGAAUUGGUGA